GGAGGGAUUUGUCAUUCGCGGGCCGCAGAAGGGAAAAGCUUCGCCGCCCGCUCCGGCCUGGCCCAGAGACCGCGGCGUCGCUCGGCUCGGCUCGCAGCGAGGGCGGCUCAGAGAGGCGCCGCAUCCGGCCUGCCCGCGCCAAUCCCGGCUGCCGGAGCUCAAGGGGGGCGGAACGGCGGAACUCGUCCUCCCAUUGGCCGAGCGAGAGCCGUGCGGCCCAAGUUCCACGCGAUGUGGCUCCCGCUCCGGCUGGCUUCGCUCGGCAGGCGCGCUUUGCUGAGGAGGAAAGGGUUCUCGUCGCCUUCUCCCCGCUGCGGACCCGCCGCCCCCAUGUCGACCUUGCUGAUCCAGCAAGCCCCCUACGCGUGGCUGAAGGAGCUGGGCCUGGAGGAGGAGAACGGGGGAGUGUAUAAUGGCACCUGGGGAGGAAGCGGAGAGGUUAUGACAACAUAUUGCCCUGCUAAUAAUCAGCCGAUAGCCAGAGUUCGUCAGGCCAGCUUGGAAGAUUAUGCAGAAACAGUAAAGAAAGCGAAAGAGGCUUGGCAAAUAUGGGCAGAGAUUCCUGCACCUAAGCGAGGAGAGGUAGUGAGGCAGAUUGGUGACGCCUUGAGGCAGAAAAUUAAAGUUCUAGCAAAUUUGGUUUCUUUAGAGGUGGGGAAAAUCCAUGUUGAGAGUGUUGGUGAAAUACAAGAAUAUGUGGAUGUCUGUGACUAUGCUGUUGGCUUAUCCAGAAUGAUCGGUGGACCUGUCCUUCCUUCUGAAAGACCUGGACAUGCUUUAAUAGAGCAGUGGAACCCGGUGGGAUUAGUAGGGAUCAUUUCUGCUUUCAACUUCCCUGUAGCCGUUUAUGGCUGGAACAAUGCAGUUGCCAUGGUCUGUGGCAAUGUCUGUCUCUGGAAAGGUGCACCCACGACAUCGCUCACUAGUGUUGCUGUUACAAAAAUAAUUGCUCAAGUUUUGGAGGCUAACAAACUGCCUGGUGCAAUCUGCUCUCUCACGUGUGGUGGAGCAGAUAUUGGCACAGCUAUGGCAAGAGAUGAAAGAAUUGAUCUCCUCUCCUUCACGGGCAGCACAAAUGUGGGCAAGCAGGUGGCGCUGAUGGUUCAGGAGAGAUUCGGACGCUGUCUUCUUGAGCUUGGAGGAAACAAUGCUAUCAUUGUGUUUGAAGAUGCAGACCUUAACCUGGUCAUCCCAUCUGCCCUCUUUGCGGCUGUGGGAACAGCAGGCCAGAGGUGCACAAGUACAAGGAGGCUGUUUUUGCAUGAAAGCGUCCAUGAUGAAGUGGUGGAAAAACUUGCCAAGUCAUAUGCACAAGUCCGCAUUGGAGAUCCAUCGGACGAUCACACCCUGUAUGGUCCUGUCCACACUAAGCAAGCAGUACAGAUGUUUGUGGAUGCCGUGGGAUUGGCCAAGCAGCAGGGGGGCUCUGUGGUCUAUGGUGGAAAGGUUAUAGAUCGUCCUGGAAACUAUGUUGAGCCAACUAUUGUGACUGGCCUUUCACAUACGGCAUCCAUUGUGCAGACAGAGACAUUUGUUCCUAUUCUGUACGUGCUAAAAUUUAAGACAGAAGAAGAAGUCUUUGCCUGGAAUAACGAAGUAAAACAAGGUCUCUCCAGCAGCAUCUUUACCAAGGAUUUGGGUAGAAUAUUCAGAUGGCUUGGACCGAAGGGAUCAGACUGUGGCAUUGUGAAUGUGAAUAUUCCAACGAAUGGUGCUGAAAUUGGAGGUGCCUUUGGUGGUAAUAAGCAUACUGGUGGUGGAAGGGAAUCUGGAAGUGAUUCAUGGAAGCAAUACAUGAGACGAUCUACUUGCACAAUCAAUUACAGCAAGGAUUUGCCUCUGGCUCAAGGGAUCAAGUUUCAGUAACUACUUUGUGAAUGCACUGCCUUGGCUGAAUUCGGCCUAUAAGAGCGAAACUCAUGUUGGCCUGAAGCUACAGACUUACUAGGUGGAAUCAUCUAGCAUUGAGGAUACUUGUAACGGCUACAGUGUGCCUUCAAUUGUGUUGAUCUUGCAGUCAUUUCAAUAAUGUACUUUGUCUUUGAUGCAGCAUUUUCAGAGUUCGGGUCAAGCUUCUGAUGGAAAAGAGGGCCUUUUAAAUCUUUUAUCUUGUAUUAUGACCUGCAGAACCUUACAGCACCUUUUGUACCUAAUAAACAGGGGCAAAUGCAUUUUGGACAAUACAUAUAUCAUAAGCUACAAUGCAGAAAUGAAACUAGAACUUCUGCUAUCAUGGCGUACCUGCUUCCAUUCUAAUAAAUUUCCUGGCUUCUAAAAUGUCUUCUGUUUAGACAAACCUUAUUUGGGGUUAGGUGGGAUGUUAUGUAGCUAGUAUGUACUGCUGCUGAUGAGGUGAAUUUUUCUUUUUCCACUUUUCAGCUGAAUGUAUGAAGGGAGCAGAGCUGUGUGUGUCACACACUUAAGGCAAACCCAAGCAAACAAUAACAAUACUGCUUUAAGACAAAA